AUGAUUAAAACCCUUGCAAAUUCUAAAAUGCCUCAAAUAAUUUUAUCGUUAUUUCAAGAAUGGUAUUAAUAAUAGUUUGAGAAAAAAAACAUUACAAAUAGACAAUAAAGCAUAAUUUGUUAAAUUUUCAACAUUAGACAAACAGCAGAUGAUAUUUUUGAAUUGUUAAUUUCCGACUCAAAAUGCAUAUUUCCAACGAAAAUAUACAAGUUUGUAUUGCAAUAAUGUUGUGAUAAAAUAAAUAAGAAUGUCAAAAAUGAAUUAAAGAUGUUGAGAGUAAUUUGAAUCAAAAUAUAAGGGAGCAUUAGUAGUUUUGAAUUAGAUUGAAUUUUUGAGAGUAAAGAAGGAAUUCAGAUUUGAAAUAUUGAUAUUGGAUAUGAAUUAUAUUGAUGGAUUGGGAGGUGCAAUAGUGAAUGAGAUCCAAUUACAAACAAAGAGACCAGCUAUGAUAAAAUUGGAGGAAAGAUAAUUACCUUUUUAUGAGGAGUUUUCAAGAAUUUUUGAAAAGAUAAUGGAGAUAGAAUCUAAUUAAAUAUAUGAAUAAUUAAUAGUAAAGAAAAGGAAUGAAUAGAAAUAAACAUAAUAAGAGGAUGAUAAGAAUAGAAUAAUACAAUAGGAAUAACCAAAGAGUUAAUAUUUGGUUUAUGAUGCAUCUCUUUAUCCAGAAGAACAUUUUUUAGAGAAGUAAUUUAGAGCUUAAUUUAAAUUUGUGCCUUAUAUAAGUUUAAAAUUGAGUAGUAGUAGAGGGUUGAAGAGAAUAGAAGGAUAAUAAUAAUAAUGA